AUGCACCUUGAUGGCCACGGGAGGACGGUAUCGACCGACGUAGUAAGAUGCGUUCUGGAGGAGCUCACUGCGUCGCCGGGACAUGGCGAAUGCAGAAUUGUCGAUCCCACUACACCACCACCGGCAUUUGUACCCAAGCCAUCACCCGUUCACGCACCACCCCCAUUACAACAGAGAGGUCUGCAUGGGCGUGGCGUCCAUGUUCAUGAGGGACGGAGUACCGCCAAACAUCACAGUUUAAGAAACAACGGCCCACCUUUUAGCUAUAAGGAAUAUGGGUGGGUGCACAAUUGUUGCGGGAGAUCCAGGAGAAUAGGCGACACCGUAGAUGUAUGGGAAGAGGGGACAUAA